AUGGCCCUGGCAGUGGCCGUCCUGCACGUGGCCCUGGUGCUCCUGGACAAGUGGGGCGGCGAGGCGGCCCACGAGCACCACGAGAACGGUGGCGCCCUUGGCCUCGCCCUCCUGGGGGCCCGGCUGCUCCUCUUCGCGUGGUUCACGAAGGAGAUCUCCGACCUGCAGGCCGGCGCUGGCCUCCAGCUCCAGGCAUUCCUGCGGCGCUUCCAGGUGGCGGCCUCGGCCUACCUCCUGGCCUACCCGGCGCUGCUCCUGGUCGUGCAGGCCUUCGCGCCCUACCUCCGCCACCCGCUGCUGCAGGUGGGGCUCCUCGCCGCCCAGACCGCCUGCGCCCUGUGGCUCGCGGGGCUCUUCCUCUCCAAGGGCCGCUACUACGAGCUGUCCGACAUGAGCAGUUCGGUGCUGCCCGGGAGCGGCGGCCGCGCCGCUGCCGCGGACCCGCCCCCGGUUGCGGGCCAGGGCUCGUCCCUGCGGCGUCGCGGCUGA